AAGCGACUUUUUUCUUCCGAGACGGUGGGCGUGACGUCAGGGGACUAUUUGCAUACUGCGCAGUAUUUAAGGUGUGAUUGACGGCGGACUCAUCACUGCGAUCCUGCGCCGUUGAGAAGUGUGCCCUGUCCUCCCGCUCUCUGACUGAAACCCUGAGCCUCUGCAGACAUGUCCGACAAGCCUGACAUCUCAGAAGUCGCAUCCUUCGACAAGUCCAAGCUGAAGAAGACAGAGACUGAGGAGAAAAACACACUUCCAACCAAAGAAACCAUCGAACAGGAGAAGUCAGCAUAAUGCAGACCGGCACUCCUUUGCUCUGUACAUUCCACAAGACUUGCCUUUUUUCCUUUUUUUUUCAAACUUGUAUCUCACGCUGACUAAUUGACAAAACUGUGGCUGUUCAACCCUUGCCGCACUACUCUCUCGUCAAGAUGUCCCUCUGUACAGUAAGCAAGUGUGGCGUAACAUCGGCAUGGGUUCCUGGUCAUCUGUUGCUUUGGCUGCAUCUCCAGGGUGGCGAUGAGGAGCAGUCAUGCCAUGAAAAAACCAUGGGACCUACACUUCAUGAUUUGUAUCCCUGCUCCAGCCACUUGUGAAUGCUUUAAGAAAAACGAUGAAAACAAGCAGUGUUUAAUGGUUUUUGUAAAAUCUGGAAUGCAAGUUUGUCAAAUAUGCAAAAUAAAAAAAAAAGUAAAUUGA